CGCGCGUUUCAGUCGUCUUUGAACAGUGAUUUUAGGAUUUCGUUGAAUAUUGUGAAUUUGCGUUCAAUUAAUUGUGUUGAAAUUGACUCAAAAUGGAUCAAUACGUACCGGUGCAAUAUCGGGAAGUACCGAUGAGGCAGCUCUUUUCGAACGCGAGCAGCUGGAGAGAGAUUAAUGUUAGCACCGGAGGGAUCCAUAAUAUGCUGCAGGAUGUCAAGACUUCAGAGCAAUGUGGCGGCUAUUGCUUUGCCAAACGGGAGGAUUAUCGCUCGAACCGGUUCAUCUAUUGGCGUACGUGUCGCGAUUCCAUUUUUCUGAGUGAAGUGAGCAUGAAUCUAAACUUGACGAAGAACAACCUGAAGAUCAGUUUCGACGAAAGUCCGAUUCUGUCCGUUGACGUUAGCGGCAACCAGCUGCAGGUUUUUGUGCUCAUAGUCACUGUCACCAGUGUGCAUCGUAUUGUUUUGAGACAUCCAAAGGUAAACAGUGUGAAUCCGGAUGGGGCGCUGGAGUCAAUUUUGGCAACUGUUACUAGAGAUCACAUUUGCGAUUCGUCUUCGUUUUAUGUUAUUAGUAAUGACAUUGGUCAAUGCUUACCAUCAAUCGCGGCUGCCUAUCGUGUCGAAUAUGACACUAGCGAUAGCGAUGCAUUUUUUGCUGUUGCUACGGUAUCGGCGCUGUACCUGUUUCAGAUGGGAAAUCAUGGAGGCGUGAAAAUGACCGAGCUGAAGCACAAUCAGCUGAUCUCUCGGUUCUUCUCGAAUCUAACCGAUGCCUGGAGGAAGAAAAAUGCCAACGCUCCGGAUCAAAUUGUUUCGCUGAUGUUUGAUCAACUGAACGGGCAAAAAGUGCUUUAUGCUUUCUAUCGGAAUAACGUUGCCCGUGUUUGGACCACCAGUGGUUCCUGUAUUGGCGCGGAGUGCUUCGUCAAAAAUGGCGACCACAAGCUGGAAGGAUCUCAAACCAACAUGGUUCGGAAGUCUGAUAACCUCAUUGGUGUGUUCUUGGCGUACUCCGAUUGCUCGGAGUUUAUCAUCCUGAGUCCCUGUUUGGACGACUCGGGUAACGUUUCCCUCGUAAAAGAAACCGUCAUCCUAGCUCCCAACUACGAUCUGAUUGAUUUUAAGCUAUCCGAUCAAAGCAUCUGGGCUCUUUGGUGCAAUGCUGAAGGAGAAAUGCAAGUCCUCACGUACUCGUUGAGCAGCGAAAUCGACAGCUUUUGGCUUCCGAUUCCGCUGGAAAGCAUGGAUGACAAAUAUACGGCAAAGCUCGAGAAAGGAACCGAUCUGAAGCUGGUCUACUGUAAUCGUAUAUUCCACUCGGGAAGAUUCCACAAUAACGUCAUUGCUAAGACCCUGUCGAUGUUCAACCGAAGUUUUACCUACUCGGGAACCAACAUUUCGACCGCUGCACUGAAACGUCACGUUUGCAGUUAUAUCGACGGCGAGCUGCAGAACGAACGCAAAUUGCAAAACAUCACUGAUGAGGAGUUCAUCGAGCUGUCGUCCAAUCUGUGGGAGAAGUUCUACAUGUGCUGCUCGCAGUACAACUUUGAAGCAUGCCAACCGAUCGGCAUGCUUAUUCUCGACCAGAUGGACGCAUUCUGCUUGAUUAGGAAAAAGUUCAUCUCAUUUUUCCGGCCGUGUGACGAGCUGGAGGUUGCUUUUCUGUCGGAAAAUUAUCCGGGAAGUGUUGUCGGCGGUGGCAUUGCUGGGGGUAAAUCGUUGCAGCAGGAUGUGGCCGUGCUGAUUCGGGUGCUGAAGCAGAUCGAUAAAUUUGUGCCCGAGGAUGACAAGCUGGAGAUUGAAUCGUGCUUGUUCCAGCUGCGUUCAACCAAGGAUGUGAUGGAGGCCAUUGCUGGGUCACAGUGUUUUGGAAAUCAGUGUAACCUUACCUCCGUUAUCCAGUCAAUUGAAGAUCUACCGAAAGCCAUGGCAGUCGUAUUGCAGAAACUCAAACUGGACCAUGAAUCCUCUGCGGAUGCCAGUUACGUCUCAUUUUCAAAACAACUACCGUUCGGUGGUCUACUCGGCGUCCAGCUGCUCACGGAAACCGUCCGCCAGAUGAUCCAACUGCGCUACAUGGUCGUCCGCAAUCUGAUCGUGCUGCAGCAUUUACUGUUGAACAAUUUUGCACUGAACUGCAACGCGAUGGAAAUUAUCCGUUCCAAGUGCAUUCCCGACAGUGAGGUGUUCCUGCAGUCGUACUACGUGAUGAAUUGGAUCGCCGAGUCGACGGUGGACUAUGCGGUCGUCAGGAGCAAAUCUUUGGAAAGUGAUGCCUCGCUGGUGAUCGGCCAUGAAGAGGCUUAUGCGUUCGAGUAUAUUUCGCUGCUGCACCUUUUCGUUGCCACCCGGGGUUUGAAAACCUGCAUGGCUACCGAAGAUGGUCAACGUAUUGCUGGUUGUGCAGAAUGGUUCUCGGUACUGCUGGACAUCUCCAACGGUUUACUCAGGCUUAUUUGGCCCGUGGCAGGGGAUUUCACAUUUGGCCAGUGGCUCAUGCAGGGCGAGAUGCAUAUUUUCAUCGAAGAAUACGUUCGGCUUCUCAACUCCUGGUGCGAAUGGAAUAAUUGUUCUCGCAAUUUCAUCCUGGCCAAAUCCUACCUCAUGAACGGUGAAAAUGCGAAAGCCCUCGAUCUGUUCCCUCAAUCCGCAAAGGGUAUCGUCAAGGAACCAUACCUUAUGAACUUCACCAAACCAUCCGACUCAUCCUCGGUACCACCGGAUGAGAUGCUAAGCAUUUUCUACCUGAAAGUAAUUCGUCUAUUCGAGCACUACGGAGCGUACGAUUGCAUCAACGUGUUGGCUCAAAUUGCCAUCGGCACGUCGGUCCAAAGCAAGCAGCAAGCGAUGUUCCAAAGCAUUGACUUUAGCAGCCAUAUGGAAUUGGGACACUACGAGGAAGCGUAUCAUUCGUUGGUGUACAAUUGCGAAAUAACACGGAAGAAGGAUUGCCUGCGUCAGCUGGUGUGGCGAUUGUUUCAGGCGAAGAAGUUCAACAUUCUGGUCGAUCUACCGUACUACGGAUUGGAAGUCGACUUCCAAAAUAUCAUGGAAAUGCAUGCACGCUCGGUGGAAAUUUCCGAAAAUAGUCACUAUGACUUUUUGUAUUCGUAUCAUAUUCUGCAGGGAAAUAUGCGAAAAGCUGCGCUGAUCGCUUACGAAAAAGCCAUGCGAUGCCAUCUAGAAUGCAAUUCAUUGAUAUUUUUGAAGAUGCGUUGCGAAGCGUUGCUCAAGUGUAUCAACGCUUUGAACCUGGUAGUUCCGGAGUAUUCGUGGAUUGCAAAGCCAACGAUUUUCAAAGAAAGUAAAUCGCAGGAUGAAUCGGCACCUCAAAUUGAAGUUAUCAGUUUGGCUGAUGUCCGCAAGGAGCUCAUGGUUAUGGAAGCGGUGCUGGAGAUCUCCAAACAUUUGGAGGAUUACCGAGCGGUCCUGGACGUGGAUACCAACGAGCUGAUUGUUAUUCUGGCAAAUGCCAAACUGUACUCGACCGCUUUCAAGUUGGCACAUGCACUGGACAAAAGUGUACUACCGGUGUACGAAAGUUUGGCAACGGCCUGUGUAAUGUGCGGCUUGCAGGACACCGCCGACAACUGGGACUGGCUACAUAAGAAUAAUCUCACAGAUUCGGUCAUAAGCCAAGACAGUACGGACACCACGUGGAAGUUCCUGAAGCAUUGCCUUUCGAACGAAACCAAGGACCAGGAAGCGUGCCACGUCACGGCAAUGAGUCAGAUCAUUUCGAAGAAUACAUUCCCACCUCAAUGGUUAACGGAUUGGUGUAUGAUCAAAACCCCCACCAAACUGUUUCAACUCUACCUAAACUAUGGCCGCUUGGAGGAGGCAUACGAAAUUGCGGUUAAAUUGAUACAGGCUCAGCUGAUCAGGCGCAGUUCGAUUACUGCACUUCAUUUCCAUCGAUUCCUGCUUCCAGUUACCUUGAUCGAUCGGCUUCAGUAUGAACUGGGCAAGGAGGUUAAAUUCCAAGAGAAAACAAAUCUACUGGAGCAACUUAUCGGUCGCAUAGCUGAGUAAGAUAUUCAAUUGUUUUUUAGUCGUAUUCAAUUGGAAUAGUUAUUUGAUAAAUGUACUUGAAUUUUUUUCAAAUUCAACGAAUCAUC